AUGUCGGUGGCCAGCAUGUUCACGCCGCCUGAGCAAGCGGGCUGCUUGCUGAAGAAGGGGCACAGCAGAGGAGCAUGGAAGGAGCGUUACUUCGUGCUCAAAGGCUCCUUCCUCUUCUGGUUCCCCAACCGCAAGAACAUUGCGCAGGCAAGCAUGGCAGCCAGGGAUCCGCCGUGCCGCCGCCAGAAUGCCAAGCGCCUGCAUGGCGUCAUUCCCCUGGAGUCUGCCAAGAUCGAAACGGAGCUCCCGCCGCCUAUGGCCGGCGCUGCAAAGGGCGGCAAGGGCAGCGGCUCCUUCUUCAUCACCAUCACCCUGCACUCCAGCCACGCCUUCUCCUGCAGACACCCCUUCUUCCUCCUGUCGGCGCCCACCCAGGAAGUGCAGCAGGCUUGGAUCAACGCGCUGUGGCAGGCAGCCAUCCCGCGGGCAGACCUGAUCCAGCACCUGAGCUCUGCUGGGCGGCUGGCGGACGUGCUGGCUGGCUACGCCACAAAUGUCAAGGACAACUUCCCGGUGGCGGACGCCACGGUGCUCAGCAGCGGCGGCAGGGCGCGCACCGGCGCCCUGGACAAUGUGGGCUCGCUGGCGGGCAUGAUCCGCCGCCACAAGACCGCGGCGGCAGUCAAGGACAUCGACCAGCUGCCUGUGGUGAUGUCGGGGCGCCCCGCCGCCACCAACGUGCUGGCACGCACCACCAGCGGCAACCUGGUCACCGCGCCCUCCACCAGCGUGGUGCCCGCCGACUCAUUCACCACCAGGCCAAGCCUCAACGGCGGCAGCAGCAGCGGUGGCAGCAGCGGCCCCGCUGGCGGCGCCAGCUCGGCGGCGGCGAGCAGCGCCAAGCCGGCGGACAAGCCUGCCACUCCCAGCGCUGCUGCUGCUGCUGCUGCCGUGCCUGCCAGCAGCAGCACAGCCAGCAAGCCCCAGCCACAGGGCAUGGUGGCGGUGAGCGCAGCCGCUGGCACGGGCGCUGCUGCUGCUGCAGCCACCACGGCCAAGUCGCCAGCUUCGCCUGUGGCCGCAGCAAAGGUGGAGGAGGUGAAGGCCAUUCAGGCGCUUCCCAGCAGCAGUGACAUAGGUAGGGUGGAGCUGCAAGAGCUCAGCCUGCGGGAGCAGAGCUUGCUGCAGCGCCAAGAGGGCGUCACCGCAGCGCGCAGCGGGCACAAGCGGCUAUCUUGGCCGGUCCGCGGGCCAGGCAUGGCGCGCGCAGGCAGCAGCCGCGCCACAGCCCAUCACUGA